AGGGGUCUGGCUGGAGGCGGAAGGAGUGGGGUACGCUAUAUGUGGUGGUAGGGUGUGCUUGUGUGUGGGGAGAAAUGCAACUCCUUUUGAUUUUCACAUCUCUUUAUUUUACCUCAUGAGUCAUGUCAUCAUGUUCUCAGGAGCUGAGUAACUGCCGGGUCUAUUUUUACUCUUGUUCAGCAGGCUUCCUUUUCUCAGCUGCUGCUGCUGCUGCAAAGGUGAAGGACAUGAAGAUGGGAGACCCCAUCCCUGAAGAGAUUUAUGAAAUGCUGAGUGACAGCUCGGUGCGCUCCAUCAGAGACCUCCAGCGGGUCCUGCGGAUAGACUCCGUAGAAGAAGCUGAUUCCAAUUCAUACCCGAACUCUUCCAGAAUAAAUUCUGGUCAAAAUCCUAUUUCUUUGUCCCGAGGAAGACGAAGUCUAGGCGGAGAGGAACCUGUUGAGGCAGCAAUUAUUGCUGAGUGCAAGACACGGACAGAGGUUUUUGAAAUCUCCCGGACCAUGGUGGAUGCCACCAAUGCCAACUUCAUUGUGUGGCCACCCUGCGUAGAGGUGCAGAGAUGUACAGGUUGCUGCCACAAUCGAAAUGCACAGUGUCGUCCUACACGGGUUCGCGUUCGACCCAUCCAGGUGAAUAAGAUUGAUAUUGUCCAAAAGAAGCCAGUGUUUAAUAAAGCCAUUGUGACUUUGGAGGACCACUUGGAGUGUCGAUGUGAAACACUAUCACCCCGGCGGGCAAGCUCACGUGAGCAUAGAGGUGGGCCACCCUUGAGCACAAUAACUACUCUUCCAGUGAGGGCACGAGCGCACCGGUUGCAGACACAGAAGAGGAAGCAUCGGAAGUUCAAGCACGUACACGAUAAGAAGGCGCUGAAAGAAAUCUUCCCAGCAUAGAGAUGUUGGCAGGCAAAAGUGCAAAUGUCAGGUUGAUUAUUUAAUAUAUUUGCUGUAUUGCCCCCAUGGGGUCCUCAGAGUUUCUCUCCGUCCAUCUGCUUCAUUGCUAGUUCUGGGCGGCAAAUGGUGCUUCCUGAUCCCUCUCUCACUGGACAUUCUCCCACCAAAGUUUACCCUGCGAGAUCUUACUUUUCACUUAGCUGCAUUUCAGCCUUCUCCCAAAGGAAGAGAACUGGGGCAUGGAAUAAGCAGCAGAAGACAUAGCCAUUUGGAUGGACAGUGUGCUUUCUGCUGCAGCAAACACAAGGAAAUGUGGCAAAGGCUUGUGGACCCAAUCUCCUUUUGAAGAGGAGGAAAAUGGGGCUAACAAAGACCUUCUCUCCCUUGCCUUCUUGCCCCCACCCAGGUGUUAGCUGGGCUCAGACUGUUUACAGUGGCAAUGGACCCAAUUCAAGGCAGUCCGAGCAGCAACCAAUGACAGCAAAUGCACUAAGGACUUCUAUUGUCCUGUCUCAAUAGAUAUUUUUAAUUGUGUGUAUGUAUAUUUUUAUUUUUAAAACCACUAAAACAUGCCAUGCCUUGGGGAACAGAAACAAUGAACACAGAAUGCAUUUAUCCUACCCACUCUACUGUCAACUGGAUGGUGCGUGAACAGGAAGGGAGCAGCUAUGCUGUAGAGGAACCACUCCCCCCACCCCCCUGUCCAGGAAUCCCCUUGGGUCAAAGAGGCCUUCUUUGCACUUGAUUAUGGAGGGCUUGGCUUUUUCUGUUUCCAAUCUCCUUUUUCAGUUGGAGUUUAGAAUUAUUGUUUUUUCUAUGUAUAGCUGUGAGGUUUCAUUCCUGGAUUUAUUGCAGUGUAGGAGGAGGGGCCUGCUGCCAACAUCUCAACAGUGGCAGAGGGAAAAGCAAACAUGCAGUGUAUGUGUACAACCCAUGAGCGAUGGAUUCAAAAGAUGUGGGGAAGCAAGAUGGCAGUGGUCCAAUCUUCUAUUGCCUCUUUUUCUUUUGCUGUUCUUAUGGAAAGCUGAGCUUGUUCAUGCUCUCAGUCAAACUCAAGCUCAGUUUCCUUACUUCUUUUGAGUAAACCAUUUCUGGCAACCCUCUGAUCUUGAGAGCAGACCCAGAUUGCCCCAAGGCCAUUGAGAAUGAACAAGAAUGUCCUAAGGAGCAUUAGAAAGAUUAUCGCUUCUUGACAAAUUGGAGCUUCUAUUCUGCCUGGACUGCUUUCCUUGGAGUAGCUGCUUCCAUGGCUGCUAAAGUUAGUUUAGUAUGAGGGACUGUAAGCAUGGCAUAGCAUGCUAUUUGCCUGUAUAAGAGCCCAGGUUCAAUCAGUGGCAUCCCUACUUAAGGGAUCUUGUAUGCCUUGAGAUCUCUGCCUAGGACCAAGAAGAGCUGCUGCCAGUCAAGGCAGAUGAGAAAGCAGGGGCUGAAUGGAUCAUUGGUGUGACUCAGUUAUAUACAUUAUAUUAUCCACCUUCUACAUAUCACAAGUGUCCCUUGAACGUAACUUUUAUGGCGGGGGGACACCACCCUUCUUCUGGUACAGUUAUAAAUGUGCAGAUGCUCAAAAUGCUAACCCAUGCUAAUAACCUCAGGUUAACAUCCUCCAGUCUGAAGAAAAUGAAGUUGUACACCGACUGUACAAAGCCUCAUCAUAGCCAUAAGAGAUUAUGCAGCCGUGCAUUAUGCACCACAUAGAUGCAUCCCAAAUGGUCAAGAGGUGCUGGGUAGGUUUGCACCUGACCUUGACUGCUAGUGCUGCUGAACCAGAAUCCCUGGACAAAGAGCCAGUCAGCAGCAUCCAAUACAUAUGGUGGAAGUCAAAGGUCAACAGAACGAACUGACCCUCAUUUACGACUUGCUGUUUUAAUCUUCAGUUUUUCCAGCUCUCUUCCUAAAUUUUCUCUCUCCAACACUGGGGCUGGUUAUCUCUUUAAAAGGUUUACAAGCCAUUCCAGAUCACCAAAGAAUGAGAUCCAAAUGGAUCUAGUGAUUGGAAGGAGUGAGACACUGACCUGUUUUUAGGAAUGACUGUGGGUGGGGGUGGAAGAAGGAAUGACAAUCACUUUAUCUGAAGAGGAAAAGGGUUAACUUGGCUACAUACCUUGAAAAGGUUGGAAAGAAGUAUAGAGAAUGACUAAACUGACUAAGCUUAAACUGUUUAUUAAGAAAAAACUUUCUUUGAUUUUCCAUCUACCUCUUUAGCAUCUUUUGUUCACUUGUUUCAAAGGAAGAAGAAUAAAAAGUUAGGAGAUAGGAGAGACAUGGGUAUAGUUUGGAUUUAUUUAUAUUAACCACAUUUUGGUGGUUAAUAUAAGCCCCCUCUUCCUGCAUCAUUUUUCUUCCUCCUCAGGAAACAGCCUCAGUUUUUUCUCCAGCCCCCCUACUCAGGAAAUCUACUUAAAACACACCUUGAGUGGACCCUAACAUAUAGAAAGAUUUCCAGCUGCAUACCAAGUCGAUCAAAUGGUCAGAGGAGACUGAUAUCUUACCUGUGCAGAGGGGGUUAUGUUGAUUUUGGAGGUGGAGCAGGGGAGAAGAAAUUGAAUAAACUCUCCUGGAAUCACUUAAAGUGCAGAGAACCUACUAACUGCACACUGAAUUUGCUUGGUGCAACAUUUUGGAUCCAGGUGUGAACCAAAAUUUAGGUUUGCCUCCUUUAGCCCCAGGGCCAGUUCAAACUGUUUUGGUGUCAUUGGUGGAAAUUGACCCCUUUCACUCCCUUCACUGGUAUGGGGGAAGAGGAAAGAUGCUGCAGUCAGGAAAAUCAUCAUGAAGGGGCACACCUAUCCUCACAACAAACCCAUGGGAUCUCAGGGUCUGGAGUGAGAGAGAAAUUUUGUCUCCUCCAAAGUGCUUUCCAAUUGCAGCUAAUUUUUCCUGCCCCAUAAUCUGGAGUGUGGGGAGGAGGAGGACCAUGGUUGCUGCAUAUAUCAGAUCUUGUGCUCAAAGGGUCUGAGAUGAGUGGAGACUGUUUGUUUACCCUUUAAGCCUGCAAUUUGUAUGGAGCUCCAGGGAUUCUGUUAUCCCAGGCAACUGCCUAAUGGGGCAGUGACGCUUAAGAAAAUUAAAUUUAGAAGCCCCUAGCAAACUACUUGCAUUUAGACAGUAUGGGCAAAUUUUACUGGCAAAGAAAUGAAUACCUCCUACAGUGCCAGUUGUGGUCUCUCAAGAAAGUUCCAGUAAGGAGGCCUGUAGCACGAUAAACAGUAUCUACCCGCCUUACACCCAAAGGUUGCUUUCUUUUGCUCUCCAUUCCUACCCUUUGUGUCUUAAAGACUAUCCCCUCCACCUUGCAUCUUUUCAUUUGCAAGAACGGCGAGGCCUUUCUCUUCCCCUUUCCAGUUUUAUGUAAAAUUAAUUUAUACUCAGUACUGUAUUUAAAGUUGUUUAAAAAAAAAAUCUAAAAUCAAAA